CCGACGACCAUGUGCGACCGUCUGAGAGCUCGAGCAACGAGCAUGCCCGGGAGCCUGAGGCCCCGAGCGAGAAGAUGGCGUCACCCGUGAGUCGAGUCGUACUGGAGCUGGCAAGACAUGCCGACAAGCCCGUCGCCUCCAAGCGUGAGAACGAGGUCGCUCGAGCCCCCGAACCUGACCCGAUGCAGAGGAUCACGACAAGAAGGUGCAGAUCUUGUACCUCGUCAACCAGGUGGCGAUCGUCUCACGUGAGAUGGUCUUAUGUCUUGGCAGACCAUCGGCAUGCAGCGACACGCCAUGUCGCUCAAGAUCGCCGCCAAGCUUCCCGCCAUCAUCGGGGCUCACGCGGCGCAUCUAGCGUGGGUGGAUGCCAAGACCAACGAGUUCCUCGAGGUAGUCGGAGAGUCCCGGGCCCUUCCUGACGUUCCGCCGCAAGUUCCCCGACGGCGACGGCGGGCGCGUCAAGUUCGUUGACGUCAGAGAGGGUGGGAUAGCGGCUGAGGCGCUGAGGAAGAAGAGCUUGGUCCAGGUGGGGCUCAGCUGGGCGAGGCUUACGGCUGAUCCUGUGAGUGAAGGUCAAGGACGAGGGGACCAUCGACGGCUCGUUGGGCCCGUUCGACCUGGAGGUGGGAGGGUCUGAGCACUCGCGCUCUGAAGUCCUCUGUGUCCCCAUCCUUGACAACUCCACGACUCCAUGCGCGGUCAGUCCCUGACAACCUUGAUGAACU